AUGAAUCCAUUAACUGGGUAUUCCAUAUGCAUUAGGGAUACGGUGUUCCCAAUAACUGGUGACAAUGACGAGGAACUGGAAACUGACAUUCUACCAGUUUUAUUAGACCAUUUUCCAACGGCAACAUCUGUGAAAAAUCUGUAUCACUUCGCUCAAGUGAGCUAUAGAAGGCAGUUCGCACGCUUCGAUUAUGGGGCUGAUAUAAAUUUAGAUAUGUAUGAAUAUCCGAUCCCCAGGAAAUACGAGUUGGAGAAUGUGAAAAUGAGAGUCGGCCUGUUUGUUGGGGAAAACGACUUUGUAUCAACAGUAGAAGACGUUGCGAUAUUAAAACAGAACCUUCCUAACGUGGUACAGCACCUGGUGAUUCCGCGUAGCAAAAUGAACCACGCGGAUUUCUUCUUAGGUCGACAUAUGAACGAGUAUCUCUUUUCGUACAUAUUUGAUGUCUUAAGGACGUAUGAAUCAGAAAAUGUUAUGAAUGUUAGCCAUUAA